CGACCGUCUCGAUCGCUUUACACCACAUGACUUCCGAUCUUGAAUCUCAACAACAUCAAAGAUUGUUACCUUGAGAGUCUGUCUUUCGGCUUGUCUGUCUGGCCAGGAUCCAUGCAUUCGCCUCUCUGACUCUACCACUUCACUAGACUCCCGCUCGCCGACUUCUCCGAAACGUAGUCAGCUCAGCCUUGUGUCUAUUUGCGUCAUCCCGCCAGGCAGCCUCGUUAUGUCUCAACCAUAGUCCAAGCAAGUCCACUCCACGACAAUCAAUCUGAACGCAGGAUCUUGGAGUGAUUAUAUUUCACCUUCGUGAUGCAGUACGUUCGAAGCUUGGGGAGUGGCGUCUCCAAGACGUGGAAUUCGAUUAACCCGGCGACCCUCUCCGGGGCCAUCGAUGUCAUUGUCGUCGAGCAAGAAGAUGGCAGUCUAGCUUGUUCACCAUUUCAUGUCCGGUUCGGCAAGUUCUCGCUUCUUCGUCCAUCCGACAAGAAGGUUGAUUUUAGAGUCAAUGGGGUAAAACAGGACUACGCCAUGAAGCUGGGUGACGGCGGCGAGGCAUUCUUUGUCUUUGAGACAUCAGACGAGAUUCCCGAAGCAUUGCAGACCUCACCUCUGGUUUCCCCAGCAAAUAGUCCACCUAUUUCUGCCACCGACAGACCACCGUCUCCUGGACUUACAGAGCCAUCAUACCUCGACAUCACCGAGCCCGAGAAGGGGCGGAGCAGCCCGGACCCGGCGUCGCAGCCCCGUCCCAUUCCGCUCAUCAGACGCGAAGGCACAAAUCUUAGCGAAGGAGGGGCUUAUGGCUCGUUCCCAGGUUCCCGCCCCGAGCUACGGGGAAGCGUGACAUCUGAGCCAGCGACCCUCACUGCCCAUAACCUAGAACGGUCUGCUUCGGAAGAGGUCCUUCCUGUUUCCACGCGGGAGCAACUGGACUCGGAAAGCGAACCAUUCCACCACAGAGCGAUUCCCAUUCCACCUCGACCGAACGUGGAUGGGGCGAGCACCCCUAAGUCCUCAGCCAGUCCCCCUGCGCUAAAAGCCAAGGAUGCCUAUGAUCGAGCAAUGACGCUGUCCAAAAAGCUUUCCUCGUCCAACAUUCGGUCGAAAGUCACCGAAUCCGGGGACCUGAUGCUUGACAUGACCGGCUACAAAUCCAGCGAGGAGGAGGCUCUUCGUGCCGAAGCGGUGGCUCGCAAAUUGCUUUCAGAGGAGCUGGAAGGGAACUACGACAUUGGAUCCCUGAUCGGAUCGGACGAGAAAGGUAAUUUGUGGAUCUACAGCAGUGAGGAAGCUCGCGAAGCCGCGAACCGGCGAACGGUCAAUUCAACUCUCGAGACGGCCAGCGCAGUGUCACCUGACAGCGCGUCUGAUCCGGGCUACCACAGCGACAGUGAUCGCAGCGCCGCCUCUCCUGGGCUGGCGGCGGCCAAAAGCCAUCAGCAAGGCGGCCAACACCAGAGGGCGCAGUCGGAAGAACUGCCAUCGGCGCCGCGCAUGUCUGCAGAACAAGGGCGGAACUAUGCCAAAACCCUUCGGCUGACAAGCGAUCAGCUCAAGGCGCUCAAUCUCAAACGGGGUGAAAACCAAAUGUCAUUCACGGUGAACCGGGCCACUUGUACAGCUUACAUGUUCUAUUGGAUGUAUGACGUGCCGAUAGUGAUAUCGGACAUUGACGGCACCAUCACCAAAUCCGACGCGUUGGGGCAUCUGUUGAACAUGGUGGGCCGGGAUUGGACGCAUAUAGGAGUUGCGAAGCUAUAUUCCGACAUUGUUGCCAACGGCUACAACAUCAUGUAUUUGACCAGUCGGUCCGUCGGGCAGGCCGAUACGACUCGAGCGUACUUGAAUGGCAUCAACCAAGAUGGAUGGAAGCUGCCCCGUGGACCUGUCAUUCUCAGUCCUGACCGGACGAUUGCGGCAUUGCGACGGGAGAUCUACCUGCGCAAACCCGAGGUAUUCAAGAUGGCUUGUCUGCGCGACAUUUUGAACUUGUUCCCCGGCAAGACGAAUCCAUUUUACGCCGGCUUCGGCAACCGGUUCACCGACGCAUUGAGCUAUCGCAGCGUCAACAUCCCUUCCAGCCGAAUCUUUACUAUUAAUACCAACGCGGAGGUGUCGUUGGACUUGUUAACGCUCAACAAGUACCGAAGCAGUUAUGUGUCGAUGCGCGAGGUCGUCGACCAUUUCUUCCCUCCGGUUUCGACGCUGGUCAAAGAUGGUGGCGAGGAGUAUACUGACUUUACUUAUUGGCGGGAUACACCUGGAGACCUGGAGAACUUUACGCCGACCGACUCGGAGCGCGAAGAAGACGAGGAUGAGGACGAAGACGAAGAUGAAGAGGAAGCCGAAGUCGAGUCAGGAAACGACAUGGCCGACAGUUACAUCUCCCGAGAGAGCUUUGAUGAGUCCUUACAGGACGAGUCGAUUCGUGAGUCCAUUGAGAUUGACGAUACCGUAGAAGCCUUGAGAGGUUCUGGGAUUGUUGACGAUGAUGACGAUGAAGAAGAUACGGAAGGUGAACAGGAACAUGACUUGGCAGACGACUACCUCGGCGAGGACGAGAAGAAGUCGAGUCGCAAAGCACUGUCGCAGACACCUACGCCUCGGAGCUGAUAACGAGGAAAUCCUUCCACUGAGUGUAUGAUGUUGUCAUCGUUGCCUUUGAGCGGCAUUUUCAUGUUCAUUUCAGCGAGGCAUCAAGCAAUGGUGUGAAAAAUGGUGUUUCAUGCAGUCGGAUUCGAUAAAGGUACUGGAAUUGCUAUGUGUUGUUAUUUGUGUAAGUCGCCGCUUCAAGGCGAGCUGUGUGCAAUGGACACAUUUGGGCCUUAGGGGCGUUCAUUAUUGAGGCAUCGAAUGUGAAUGGGUCCUUCGCCUCAUGAAUAAAUACCGAAGCUAAGGUGGUCAAGGCGUUCAAGUUUCGUGUAUAUACAAUAUCUGAUCUACGGUGCUGUCCAAUUGCAGAUGCUGUACAGUACCUUCAGCAAGCCACGCCCGUCCAAUACCAAUCUCAUCCAGUGUCAUGGGGCAGGCAUCUGGCGUGAGCAAUGCUACUCUGCCACUGUACAGAAACCCAACGUUAGGAGGACCGUCAUCUACUAGUAUUUGAAUUUUCUCCAUUCAAUCGCCUCCUCUCGCCCAUGACGGAUCAGAAGCGACCAUAGCAGACCUCUCCAUCUUUCAAUCUCUUCCCGGUUCU